CCGUUUACCAGCUGUUCGUUCAUUCCACCAAUGAGUUGGGCAGAAUUGGCUAGAUUGACAGGCACGCCUUUCCAAGGUUGCGCCGCCUUUUAUGGCUGUGUAGUUUUCUUCUACUUUUUAUUGCAAGCCAGAACUGGAUGUAAUAACGUCACAUGUUGUUUUUCUCUCCAGCGCAUUCACGGUGGUGUUAUUUGGUGCUUAACUGUUGCAGACAGCGGGAGGAAAUACCCGUUUCGGGGAAUGGAAUAAGUAAAGCGGAUUUACAUUCGUUUUUUCGGUACUUUGGAAAAUAGCACGAACAACUUCUCUAAAAUAAGUGAAGCGUGUGCAUUAGAAUGGCGAGACCUCCAACGAGUGGAGGACAGAUGUUGUCUAAUGUGACCAAUAACAGUAAUAACAUUAACAAAUGUGGAUAUCUAAAGAAACAGAAGCAUGGACACAGACGUUUUUUCGUGUUGCGAGAACCCAGCGAGAGCUUUCCUGCCCGGCUGGAAUACUACGAGAGCGAGAAGAAGUGGAAAAAUAAGUCGGCUGCUAAAAGGGUGAUACUGCUGGACUCAUGUCUUUGCAUAAACAAGCGAGCUGACUCUAAGCACAAACACCUCAUCGCCUUUUACACCAAGGACGAAUACUUUGCAGUGGCAGCCGAAAACGAGCAGGAGCAGGAGAGCUGGUUUCGAGUGUUGUCGGAUAUGAUCGAAGAGGGGAAAGUCUAUGACAGCUCCGCGUCUAAUUCCACCUCUCUUUUCAGUUUCGAGGAGGCGAAUUACGGUAUGAUCACGCCAACCACUGCCUUUUACAAGGAGGUAUGGCAAGUUAAUUUGAAAUCCACAGGACUGGGUCAAACAAAACAUUUGAUAGGGGUGUUUAGGCUGUGUUUAUCCAGUCGGACUAUCAGCUUUGUGAAACUGAACUCGGAGGUUGCGGCUGUCAGUUUACAGCUCAUGAAUAUCCGGAGAUGUGGCCACUCUGACAGCUUUUUCUUCAUCGAGGUUGGUAGGUCGGCUGUCACAGGCCCCGGUGAGCUCUGGAUGCAGGCUGAUGACUCGGUGGUUGCGCAAAACAUCCACGAAACCAUCCUGGAGGCAAUGAAAGCCAUGAAAGAGCUGUCCGAAUUCAGACCUCGCAGUAAGAGUCAGUCGGCUAGAACCAACCCCAUUUCAGUGCCCACAAGACGCAACUUGAACAAUCUUCCCCCAAGUCAGAUAGGGUUAGUGAGGAGGCCGAGAACAAACAGCAUAGUGGCCACAUCCCCAAUGAGCAAGUUCACAUCCUGUCGGAUAAGGACUGCUAAUGGGGGGGAUGGCAGCAUUGUCAGGCCAGUGUCUAUGUCAAUAUCUAUGAGCGGGAGUCCCACCAGUCCCCUCUCCAACCGGAUCCCCCUGAGCCGGUCAAAUACACUCUCCAGCGGGCGCAUCUGCCAGAUACUGGAGUCUAGCCUCCAGCACAGCCGCUCCUUGCCCGUCUCCAACUCCCCCCCCCCAGGUUGCAGUUCCAUCUGCCUCUCUCCCAUGAGUGGGACCCUCCCCACCCCUGAUGCGGUCCACCGCCCCUUCAGCUGCAGUGCCUCCAUCUCAGGUUCCCUCAGUGAUGCAAGCUUCAUGCCAUGCGACGAGUACAGCUCCAGCCCAGGCGACACCUCCAGGCUCCUACCCCUCACCAGGAGUGACACCCACGACUCCCUCUCCAGCACUCCCCCCUCCUGGGAGGCCAACAACCUGUGUGGCUACAUGAUUAUGGACAGGACGAAUGACCAACAGCGGGCGUGCCAGGAGGAGGGCCUGACAUUGGAGAAGGCGUACAGGAAGAGGACAUACUCUCUCACCACACCACGCCAACAGAGGGUGCCCGCCCAGCUGUCGUCUGCUUCGUUGGAUGAGUACACCCUAUUGUGGGCUGCCCACCACACCAACAGUGAGCACCACUCCAGAAACAGCUCCAUCUCUGCCUCCCCAAAGGUGUCCUACCCCAAAUCCAACAGAAACAACAGCAAGGCAGACGCUUACAUGCCCAUGAGCCCCAUGUGUGUCUCGGCUCCCAAGCAGAUCAUCAAUCCCUGGGCCCAAAUCCACCUGGACGGGGGCGGCUACCGGACCAACUCACCCAGCAGAGGAGGCUCCUUGGAGGACAGUGGCUACAUGAGGAUGUGGUGCAGCUCCAAGUCGUCCAUUGAAAGCCCUGACAGCCGCUCGACCUACAUGAACAUGUCCCCUAGCAACUCUGCUUACACCACCUCGCAGACCCCCCCAGACUACUUCCUGGAGCAGCUUCCGGGUGUUGAGUCUUCCAUCUACUCUGCCGACUCCCUGCCACGCCCCACCAAACUCCACCAGACUUCCAAGGAGGUGGGGAACACUGAUGACCAGUACGUCCUGAUGAGCCCUCAAGGCCAUCAGUCGAUAGGUGGGGAGUCAGAUGACUACUACUCAGUGAUGACCAAUGCGGCCACGCUCAACUCCUCGGUGCCCUCGGCCAUCAGACAGAGCCGGGGGACUGAGAGCCUGACGUCCCACCGGGGGAAGAUGGGGCGACCCAACCGGCUGUCUCUCGACAGCUUUAGGAUCCUGCCCAGCAUGAACGAGCACCUCUUGCCCGGGGAACCCAGGAGCCCGGGCGAGUAUAUCAACAUAGACUUCAGUGAGAGCACCAAGUACUCCUCGCCGUCAGCAUCCAAUGAGAGUCAGGAGUUGUCUCUGGGCUCCAUCGGCAGCCAGCCAAGGUCCCCUCUCUCCGACUACGUGAACCUGCACCACAUUGUCUCGCACUCACCCAAGGCCAGAGACACCCCUGCUGGACGGUUGGACACGGUCCCUGAGUCAUCCCUGUGCCCUUGUCUGGAUAGGGAGGCAGUGUACCAUCUCCGAUCGAAGAGGGAAUCCAAGUGCCCCCAGAGAGGCAAGGAUGAGUACACCGAGAUGACAUUUGGACUUGGAAUGGCCAACAUGCCUCCCCAGUUCGUCCCUCAGACCUCAGCAAGUGCCAGAGAGAAGAGGCUAUCCCUGGGUAAGCAGGGCCUCCCUGUCGGCAUUGGGGUGUUCCUCCUUGGCGCCGUCAACCCCGUGGAUCCUGACAGGGCCGCUAAGGUGAUCCGGGCCGACCCCAAUGGGCGCAGGCGGCACAGCUCCGAAACCUUCUCCUCUACGGCUACCGUCACCCCUGUGUUCCCCUCGUUCGCCCAUGGGAAUGCCAAACGCCAUAGCUCGGUGGAGAACCUGUCGAUACGGAGCAGCGAGGGCUCAGACGAGGAGUGUGACAGCCCCAUGAGUAGAGAGACCUCUGCAGGCUUCCAGAAUGGACUGAACUAUAUUGCCCUGAACCUAAUGGAGAACCGGGACAGGGACCUGGAGGGACCUUGUUGCGAAGACCUGCCCACGGUCAGCUUUAAGCCGGCCACCAGCUGCAAGGGAUCCCUCCAUGGAUUACACGUCACGCCGUAUGUCUGUUUGGGGUUCAAGGAGGCGGCGACCACUGUCAAAGACUGAACAGGACAGUGAACGAUCCAAGCCCUCAUCAUCCAUGCUCUGAGAUGGACAGUCAUACAUUGGGGUGACCGAGACAACCUGCUGCUGUAAAUAAACUUGAGAAGUAAGGCUGUGACCCAACAAACAUCCCCACCAUGACUAACUCCCUCGCCCAUGGACGGGAAUCCUAACACUGGUGCUGUCCCAGAGACUCUGUACUAAAAAGGAGAUGGGGCCAGAGGCUCCUGUAUAUGGGGGACCCCUGUAUGUGUCUAGAGGCUAUAUUUCUGGCUCUGUUUAUUUGUUUUGAAUUUUCCCUCUCGUUUUUGGUUUUGUCUCGUGGAAUGUGAGUAGCCUGUCUGUUGACCCACAAGACAGGACAUGUAAGGCACAGUACUUACACCCUCCUCAAAAGAUUAGUCAACAACCC